UGAAAUUCAAUGAAUUCUUGAUUGUCAGACAACACUUGUCUUCAAAUUAUUUAUUUAAUUGUUAGAGAAUCACAUCGUUUGAAGUGUCAAUGAAUCGAUCAAUGAUUGAAAAUUGGUCCACAAAUGGAUCUAAUCAUUGGUUUUCAUCAAGUUUUCUCUUAUCAUCUCCAAGUGGUUUAAAUGAUUCUCAUUAUUCAAAUUGUUCAUCAAAUCAGCAAAUGACUGAUAUUGCAAUACACGGCAACAGUACCGGAGAAAUACUCAAUCAUUCAAAUUAUAGUCUAGACUUUAGAUAUGUUUCGAAAGAUCCAACAAAGAGAUCGAGUGGUGUUAUGGACGACAAGUCACCAAUUAAGAGAUCUAGACUUUGGUCUCCUUUUGAUACAUUGAAUUCAUUGUCGCAUGAAUUUAGACCAAACUAUGCAAAUGACUAUUACUCCAGAAAUUCUCCGAUUGAUCUCUUGUGUAGAGUUUGCGACUCUUUAUGUCACUCGAGAAGAGAUUUCUUGAAACAUUUGAAAGGCAAAAGACAUCAAUCGAAUUUAAGUUUAUAUGACCACUCAAUGCAAUCAAAAGGUGGUCAUAGAUUGCAAAAACUAUUGGAUAAUAAAAAAGAUGCGAUCGUUGGUUUAGAUUUUAUAAAACAAAUUCGUAAGACUUCGACGUCAAAAGAGACAGACUUUGUAUGUCUUCUCUGUAAUAGCCAUAACAUGUCCACAGACUCAGCGUUCAGACAUAUUAAUGGUAUCAAACAUCAGAAAAAAUAUAUUGAAUUUAUUCAAUCGGACGAAAAAUUGAAUCCAUUUGACAGCUCUAAAGAAUGUCAACUGAGAUCUCGAGACAUCUGCGUAAUUCUUCGGGAGUAUGAAUCACUAUAUGGCAGAGGACAGUGUCGGUUCAUUAAGAGAUCAUCGCUUCAAAGUCGUGAUGAAAGUCGCUUCAAAGACAUCGGAUCCCGAGAGUCGUCUAAAUCAAAAGGUUUGGACCAUAAUUGCAAAUCAAAUGAUUUGCAAUCUGUCGACAAAGCAAUUGAAGCGUUUAAAACUAUUCGCAAUGUUUGCAAUCAAUUGAUUGCUUAUUAUUCACCUCAAGAUAUUAAACGUAAAUCAGUUUCUCGUUCAGACAAUUCACAAAAUUUGUCCAUCGAUUCAAACAAAUAG